UUUUCGUUUACGUUUCUAUUUUUUUCGCUGACGAUUGGCGCAAACCUUUCGGGUCACACCAUGAAGAAAUGAAUAUGAGGUGACGAGGUGUUUGUGAAGGCACCAUUAGUGACGCCAAGCAGCGCGGUACGAAUGCAGCUCAGCGAUUGGUUCAAGACUUGUGCGUCAGUUUGUUGGGGAGCGUUCGAUUUAGGAAGGCGGAUAAGCAAAACGUCUUCGGCGUUGAUCGGAAAGCCUGAGAGGUGCCGCCCUCGCAGACACGCGGAACAACAAAUCGGAUGCGCAAACGACACGAAUCUGUGGCGGGACACGGCGUACGCAGCAAAUACACUAAUAAACAUUCAGCAUAGUAAAAUGGAGGAGUUCGGAGUUUACGCGCUAUUCGGGGUACACGCGUCACCUCAGCGACUGCUCGGCGAGCAAGGGCCCUGUCGGGUGUCUGUUGCCGUUCCGCCGACCGUCCGCCAGGUGGUGCUGUUUAGCAGCGGACCAUGGGGCGAGAGGAUUUGCGUCAACGCGGACCUGUGCGACGCUCACCGGACACCCAUCACGAUCGGGAAACUGACCCCUUAUAAUAGAUGUCUGUCGUGGGAGCAGUGGGAAGAAGAGACAUGGACCAACGGUGCCACCCUGAAUGUCACGCUGGAAGGAGGACCAAUGGCAAAAGACGGUCGGUCGGAACCGGCACUCAUUUUGGCUGUCAAGGAGCGCUCGCCAAAGGAUGCCGCCGCUCCCCUCGCAGCCCGAGAGCCGAACCGCAAGAGGAAGCGAAAGCCGGCCGCCGCGCGAGAGCUCGGCGACGGCAAGGAUGCCAGGACGGCGGCGGGUGAGGAGGAGGUGGAGAACGUGCGUCCAAACGGAAGCCCGGAGCAAAGCGCACCUGUGCCAAAAGUCCCACGGCACGCCAAAGGCGGGCAGAAGCUUUUCUCGGGCGGAGGAAAGGCAGCUAAAAGUCAAGGCGCGCCGCCGCCGGGCCCGUCGGGUCGCUGGGGUCAAAUGCUGUGCCCCGUCGAUGCCCAGACGGCCGUCUUGAUUGGCGGGCAAGGAGCCAAGAUGCGGUUCUGCAAAGAUCCCUUGUGGAAGCUCCGCACAGAGGACCUGUCGUGGGCGGCGGCCGAGACGCCGGCGCAGGGUCCGACCCCCGAGGCCAGGAUCGGCCACACGGCCGUCUACGACCCGUGCUCCGAGCGCAUAUUUGUCUUCGGCGGAUCCAAGAACAAAAAGUGGUUCAACGACGUCCACGUCCUGGACACGCAAAGCUGGAAGUGGACCGUGGUGGAGGCCCGAGGCAAGGUCCCGCCGCUGGCUUACCACAGCUGCAACCUGUUUCGCGGGGAGCUCUUCGUGCUGGGCGGGGUGUUCCCCCGGCCCGACCCGCAGCCGGACGGCUGCAGCGACUCGCUGUACAUCUUCGACCCCCGGCUGUCCGUCUGGUACCGGCCCGUCGUCGUCGGCGACGUCCCGUCCCCCCGCUCGGGUCACUCGGCCUGCGUGAUGGCGGAGGGGAAGAUUUACGUGUUCGGCGGCUGGGACACGCCCGUGUGCUACAACGACAUGUUCGUGUUGGACCUGGGUCUGAUGGAGUUUUCGGCUGUUCAAACAAGUGGAAGGGCCCCCUCCCCUCGAUGCUGGCACGGCAGCGCCGUCAUCUCCGCCACCAAGUUUUGGAUCCACGGCGGCUAUAACGGAAACAACGCUCUCAGCGACGCCUUUGUUUUUGACACGGAUACGAACCUCUGGGCGGAGGUGAAGCUCCCGCAGCUGUCGCUCGCCAGGGCGGGUCACUCCGUCAUCGCCGUGGAGACGCCCACCGGCCGCCACGCCGCGGAGCGCGAAGCCGACAAAACGCUGCUGGUGUUCGGCGGCGGCGACAACGAGGGCGCCUUUUACGGCGACGUGACGGCCGUCGGCGUCAAGGAGCUGCUCGCUCUCCUUUGAGCGUUUGACGCCACGCAGCCACACUUCAACGUUCCAUGCAUCCUGUUUGUUUUGUACUUGCGGUUGCUUAUGAAAUGUGCGCAGUAUGUUUUAGUCACAUUCAGGAAAAAAAUAUGUCCUCUUGUAUUAAUUCACAAUCAUAAAUUGGCUGAAUUUGUAACGACCUCUUUUUUUCUUGUGUGGAAAGAAAAACGAAUGAAGUUUUUGUUUUGGGGGAGGAAAUAUAGAGUGGGAAAACCAAGGCAAGAUAAAUGACGAAUACCAAAGUCAAAGGAUGUGUUUUUUCGUCAUCGUGCAGACCCACAGAGGGGCACCGGCAGCCAUGAAAACAGAGUCAACUACGCUUCUCACGGUCUGAGCUUUAAGCCACUUGACAGAAGGAAUUAUGGUUGAUUUUUCUACAACACACACACGCACGCGCGCACACACUUGUCCAAAGAUAGCCGGGUCAGGCUCCGGCAAGCAACUCAAUUGUACUUCAAGUGCUGUACUGGAUUUAAAAAAAAAAAAAAAAAAAUGUUUAAGCUGUCUUAACCUCAUCUAAUCAAUCGAAUAUGUUUGACUACAUUCAUUUGAUUUGAAUUGGAUUGAGUGAUUCUUACGUGCACCACUAGAGGGAGGCAGUGUAUAACUCGUGGCGCUUGGCCCACACGUUGAGAAUCACUUUGGCAUCUGCUUAAAAACGCUGAACCUUCACGUGAUUAUUCUCAUGACCGACGUCACUGUUCAUUUCACCUGC